CAGUUCGAUUUCAUUUUUAUCUCCAAAUUCUCCUUUCGUCUCCCACAUUCCUCGCCUCUCCCUCAAUCUCAGACAGACAGGGCUAGAUCUUCUCCGUUUCUAACCGAUGAGAUUCCAGUCAACCUAGAUGCUACCCCAACUCUUCAGUCUUCAUAUCAACGGGCAAUAACACUAAAGCUACCAUGCAGUCAUCGUCGAAGAUAAGACGGAAAGUCGCCCCUCUCGCCAACGACGGCGAUUCCGAUAAGCUUGAUCAACUCCUCGUCUCCUCCGCCAUCUGCAACGCCGAAGAUUUAGGUCCCUUCGUACGCAAAGCAUUCGCCUCCGGAAAACCUGAAACUCUCCUCCACCACCUACGCCACUUCGCCAGAUCAAAGGAAUCGGAGAUCGAAGAGGUAUGUAAGGCCCAUUACCAAGAUUUCAUCAUGGCCGUCGAUGAUCUCAGAUCUAUGCUUUCCGACGCCGAUUCACUCAAGUCUGCGCUCUCCCACUCCAGCGGGUUGCUGCAGUCUGUCGCAGGUCCGCUUCUCAACUCUCUCGACGCCUUCGUCGAGGCUCGGAACGUAAGCCGCAAUAUCAGUCUUGCUCUCGACUCUGUUCAGACUUGUAUUCGACUGAUUGAACUCUGCUCCAGAGCGAAUUCCCAUCUAUCUGGCAAUAAUUUCUACAUGGCCUUGAAGUGCCUAGAAGCGAUAGAGAGGGAUUUUCUCGAGAGAACUCCCUCUUCCACGCUUAGGAGAAUGCUCGAGAAGCAGAUCCCGGCGAUCCGGUCGUAUAUUGAGAGGAGGAUCAAUAAAGAAUUUGGUGAUUGGCUCGUCGAGAUCCGGAUUGUUAGUCGGAAUUUGGGGCAAUUGGCGAUAGGGCAGGCAUCGUCGGCGAGACAGAGAGAAGAGGAACUAAGGAUCAAGCAACGACAAGCCGAGGAACAGAGCAGGCUCAGUUUGAGGGACUGUGUAUAUGCACUAGAAGAGGAAGAUGAAGACGAUGAUGGAGGUCUUGGAGUUGGAGACGAUGGUAAGGAUAAUCACAAUAAUGGCGGAAGCGGUGUGUUAGGGUUUGACUUGACCCCGUUGUAUAGGGCUUAUCACAUCCAUCAAACCCUAGGCCUGGAAGAUCGGUUCAAACAGUAUUAUUUUGAGAACCGGAAGCUUCAGUUGACGUCGGACUUUCAGGUAUCAUCGAUGACGCCUUUUCUUGAAUCUCAUCAAACAUUUUUUGCUCAAAUUGCUGGAUUCUUUAUAGUAGAAGAUCGGAUAUUGAGGACAGGGGGUGGUCUGAUUACGAAGUUUGAAGUUGAGAAUUUAUGGGAGACUGCUGUUAGUAAGAUGUGUUCUGUAUUGGAGGAUCAGUUCUCUAGGAUGCAAACUGCCAAUCAUCUUUUGUUGAUAAAGGACUAUGUUAGUCUGCUUGGUGUAACCCUGCGUCGGUAUGGGUACCCUAUUGAUUCUCUCCUCGAUGUCCUGAGCAAGCACAGAGACAAGUACCAUGAGCUGUUGUUGUCUGAUUGUAGGAAGUUGAUUGGAGAUGCGCUUGCUGCCGAUAAGUUUGAGCAGAUGCUGAUGAAGAAGGAGUAUGAGUAUUCGAUGAAUGUACUGUCAUUUCAGAUACAGACCUCCGAUAUAAUCCCUGCAUUCCCUUACAUUGCACCGUUCUCUUCUACUGUCCCAGAUUGCUGCCGAAUUGUUCGAUCAUUUAUUGAGGAUUCUGUAAGUUUCAUGUCAUAUGGAGGCCAGCUGGAUUUUUAUGAUGUGAUUAAGAAGUAUUUGGACCGACUUUUGAGUGAAGUCUUGGAUGGGGCAUUGCUCAAGCUUAUCAAUACGUCUGUUCAUGGAGUCUCUCAAGCAAUGCAGGUGGCAGCCAACAUGGCGGUUUUGGAGCGAGCCUGUGAUUUCUUUUUCCGUCAUGCAGCACAGCUUUCAGGCAUUCCACUGAGAAUGGCAGAGAGGGGCAGGAGGCAGUUUCCACUGAAAAAUGCCCGUGAUGCAGCGGAAGAGAUGCUCUCCGGGAUGCUUAAAACCAAGAUUGAUGGAUUCAUGAUGUUGACUGAGAAUGUGAAUUGGAUGGCUGAUGAACCUCCACCAAAUGGGAAUGAAUAUGUGAAUGAGGUGAUUAUUUAUUUGGAGACAUUGGUUUCUACCGCUCAGCAGAUACUGCCAGCAGCAGUACUUAAAAGGGUUUUACAGGAUGUUCUUUCUUAUAUAUCUGAGAAGAUUGUUGGAGUUUUAUUUGGGGAUUCAGUUAAGAGGUUCAAUGUAAAUGCCAUAACGGGGAUUGAUGUGGAUAUUCGAUUGUUGGAAUCGUUUGCAGAUAAUCAAGCUCACCUUUCCUCAGAUGAAGAUGCAAAUCAAUUGAAGUCUGCAUUGGCUGAGGCCAGGCAACUAAUCAAUUUACUCCUGAGCAGUAAUCCAGAGAAUUUUCUGAAUCCAGUGAUCAGAGUAAAAAAUUAUAAUACUCUAGACUAUAGGAAAGUGGUGACAAUUUCAGAGAAGUUAAGAGAUCCUUCAGAUCGGCUUUUUGGAACCUUUGGAGCAAGGGGGGCCAAGCAAAACACAAGGAAGAAAUCCUUAGAUGCUUUGAUAAAGAGACUCAAGGAAGUGAGUUAAACCGUGAGAAGCUGCAAAUAAAACACCUUUCUCCUUGUCCCUUAACUCUUUUCUUGUGAUGCAUAUCGCCAAUUGCUAACUUUGCUUCCUUUCAACAAGCCAUAUCACAUGAGUCGUUUCUGCCAUAUUGUAUCACAGUUGACGCUGUUCCCAUUGUGUAUGUAUCUCUUGCAUCUUUCUCGAUCUUUUGAAUUCUCUUUUGUUGUAUUGAUUUUUUUUCUUCAAAUGUUGUAUUGAAUUCUUUCAAGUAAUUUUCCUACACACUAAGCUCUUUACUAAUCCAUAUAAGGUGAUUUGGUUA